CCCAUAUUGAUUCGAGUUCUACCGUAGGCGUGUCGUCGUAUAAUUUCAGAGAUAGAAGCAGAAGCUCUGCACAUCUUUCACUUGUUACAAUUCAAAAGAAAAAGCAACGAGCAUUAGAGUGACGCAAAAAACAUGGGCAACAAUAUCGGGUCUGUCUUAGUUCGAUUUGACCGCGCGGGCAGUCCUGUCGUGAUUGAGUCCGAAGGAGUGGAGUCGGCGCCGCCGACUGAAACCAAAAGUAGCACCGUUACGACUGUGGGUGGUACGGUGGAGCCUGUGAAGAAGGAGCAGGAGGCGACGCCUUCGAAACGUGGACGCCUGGAAAUUGGCGUACUAAUAAUCCUGUAUCUUUUACGUAUGUCGUGUUACGUAUUCUUUUCCUGAUCUUUCUCAUUGGUUUAGUGGUGUUAUGUUUACAAGUGCGCUGUGAGUAGCGUCUCCUCCUCUGCUUUUUCUGUAAGGUUAGCCCCAAGUAUAAACUCGCUCUCAUCUCCGUGCAUCAUUUGACUUUUACAGGUGAAACUGUUCUCCAGUUUAUCUUUGCAGCCGGCAGCUUUGCGUCGCAAGUUGCUGGCGUCAGUGAAUCCUGUGACGAAGGAUAAGCAUGUCAUGGCGCUCAUGCUGGUCGAGCAAGAUCUUGGCUACAACACAGAGGAGGUGCGCGGCUUUUUACUGGAAGAGUAUGGAGAAAUCUUGCAGAAGCUUGCUGAGAAGUGUGAGCAGAAGCAGUAUGAUGAUGCCACUGAGUUGGCAGGGCGCUUGGGUGAAGUCACGCGCUUCCUUGCGAAGCUUGUGGUGAAUUAGAUAUAUAGCGCCGUGACAUGUCGUAGCUGUUGAGUUAUCAUCAUUACAUGACGGCACGAAUUUCAAGAAUCCAGUAGCGUUGCAAUUAUAUUUUUAACAUCUAUGUGGGGUCGACGUGCGUAUUAAUAUGGUGACUUUCUUCGUUGCUGUGCAACUCUUCAGCGGUUCAUGUAAGUGGCGUAGUUGUCUUGUGAUACUAUGACGCUAUCGCAAUGAUCUACUUCAAGAAAUAAUGAUUGAGAAGGUGGUCUUCCAACGUGUCGACGAGAACCCAUGAGAUGGCGCCUCUCUUCUACAGACGCGGCCGCCCUGAUUGAGAUCAUUGAGAAAGAAAUGAAAUAAGAAGCUUCUUACUCAGAUUCUUAACGUCUUCUUAUCAG